AUGCGGUCGGCAAAAGUUGGAGUGGCGAGGCAGCUAGAAACAAAAAAGCCGCCGACUGGACGGAAAAUAUCAACAUCUUCUCGCGGCACCAUUCACUCUCAGCAGAGUCAACCCGAAGAUACGCAAAUGAAAUACACAAGGAAAGAGCUUAAAGAAUAUCGCCAACUGUUCAACAUGUUUGAUACGGAUGGAUCAGGGGCGAUAGGAAAUGAAGAACUGAAGCAAGCGAUGAUUAGUAUUGGGUUACACGCGAACAAAGCGGAAAUCGAUAACGUUAUCAAGGAGGUUGAUGCUGAUGGAAAUGGCGAAAUCGAUUUUGAAGAGUUUUGCGCGUGUAUGAAAAAAUCGCAAAAUAUUGUGAAAUCCACUAAUGAGGAGCUUAUAAGGGAAUGCUUUGAAAUUUUUGACCAAGAUCGGAAUGGAAUAAUCACAGAGAACGAAUUCAAGUAUAUUGCUAAAGAGUUUGGGGAUUUUGAUGACGAACUCGCCGAGAAGGUGUUUCGGGAGCUUGAUGUAUCUGCAAACGGGCACUUGUCCGCAGAUCAGUUUGCUACCAUUGUGGAAGACUACUUAUUAAGUGAUCCCAUUCGAAUAGACAUUGAAGAUGAUGAUUAUGCACCGACCAAUGAGGAUAAAAGACCCAAUGGGAGAAUCAGCCCUUACAAUUUAUCAAGUGUUCCCGAAUAA